AUGAGCAGUCAAGCAGUGGAAGACGAUGCUUUGGUCAAAGCCACCAGAGUUACCGAAGCGCUUUACCUAGUUCGAGACGCCUACUUUCCGCCCAACCCAGAUGACAAAAUCGCCAAAUUGAAUGCCGAAUCCGAUCUAGCAAUCAGCCUCCUCGAUUCCAUUCCUCCUGAGCAAAGGAAACUUCCAGCACAGCGUGCAAAAUACGAAUAUCUGAGAGGAAAGAUAUUGGAUGUCUUACCGGACUAUAGAAAAGAAGCAGAGGAUCAUCUCUCAAAAGCUGUUAAGUUGAAUCCAUCUCUUGCAGAUGCUUGGCUAUGUUUAGGUAACUGCAUUUGGAAGAAAGGAGAUCUAUCUUCAGCCAAGAACUGCUUUACUCUUGCACUAAGCAAGGGUCCCAACAAACAGAUACUUUGUCAACUGUCCAUGCUCGAAAGGAAAAUGGCUCAAGGUACUGAAAAUCAGGCAGAACUUGUUGAUGAAAGCAUUCAACAUGCCAAGGAAGCCAUAACUUUGGAUGUCAAGGAUGGGAAUUCUUGGUAUAAUCUUGGAAAUGCAUGUCUUACAAGUUUCUUUGUAACUGGAGCUUGGGACCACGCCAAACUUCUGAAGUCUUUGAAGGCAUACCAAAAUGCUGAAAAAGAUGAAAGAAUGAAGUCCAAUCCAGACCUAUAUUUUAACUCUGCCACUGUAAACAAAUAUCUAGAAAACUAUGAAAGGGCCCUUACGGGAUUUGAAGCUGCUGCUUUGAAGGAUCCUGGUCUCAAUGCUAUGGAGGAGGUUCAAAAGAUUGUUAACCUUCUCGACAAGUUAGAUAAUUUGUUAAGGGGACAUGCUAGAUCUAAACGGCUUGCGUCUUUAGCAUCAUCUCUGGCUGCUGUGAACUUGAACUCCUCAUACAGAAGAGCUACUGUAGAUCUUCUGUCAGAGGGUCUGAACAAAGCAGUAGCACUAGUAGGAAAAGUGUUAUUCUUCAUUAAGCAUGAGAAUGUUGCUCCGCUGUAUUAUUUGGCAUGUGAUGCAAAUCAAAUAUGCUUCGUUGUGUCAGUUUAUGGCAUUCAGUAUGAUUUGAUCAAAGAAGGAGAUCAGCUGACAAUAUUGGACCCCUUUCAUCGGCAUGUCAAUUUUUCUUGGAAAGAAAAGUUGUACCAGUUCAAAUCAUUUCGUGUGGAUUUCAUAGAACAAUUGCUUGUAAAUGGAAAGGCUCCGACUCCUCACCAAGCAGUCCAUACCUCAAUUUAUGCACAACACAAACCAUGAUAAUGAUUAGGGGAUGAAGAAGGAAAAGGUACAUGGGUAAAAGUUGUCGCCCAAGUGGAGAGAAUAGAAAAAUAGUAUAUUUUGAUGGGUUUUUCGGUCGGCCUUGCAUUUGGAUGGAGCUUGCUCAUGUUUGGAUUGCACAUGGAAGAGAAUCUAUAUACAAAAUGCGUUUCUCUAUUA